AUGGAAGAGAAGAAAAAGAAAGGAUCCUGGGAGCCACAGAGCUUACGAACUGCUAUUGAUAAGGUUAUGUCAAAAGAACUGAGUGUAAGACAAGCUGCAAUGCAAUACAAUAUUCCUAAAAGCACUAUUCAUGAUAAAAUAAAGGCCCUAAAUCGAGGAGAAGAAGUAACAAUGAAACCAAAGUUAGGUAAGUUCACUAGCACCUUCUCAGCAGAGUAUGAACAAGUCUUGGUGGACCACAUAAAAGAUUUAUCGAAUAGAUGCAUGCCGCUCAUGAAAAAGGAGUUUCUAAAAUUAGCAUACGACUUAGCUGAAGUCAUGAAGAUGAGAUUCCUCAUCGAUUCAAUAAAGAAAAAGGCAGUGCUGGUAAACAUUUUUACUACGACUUCAUGA